CUAUUGAUGUCAAUUAGUAAAGAUGGCGGCGGCUGGAAUCAAGUAUCGGCAGGAUUUGCCGCCGAAGGGUGGAUUUGCGGAGAUCAAUUAUAAAAGGAAUCUACCGGUGAGGGUUAAGUCUGGGUGGACGAUCAUUUUGGGAGGUCUAGCGGCGAUGGGCGUCGGUUUUUAUCUCGUUAUAUCGGGAAAUAAGGAAAGAAGGCAUUUGUAUCGCGAAAAAAUGACAACAAGAUUGGCUAUUCUUCCUCUACUUCAAGCAGAGCAAGACAGAAGAAUUUUGAGAGCUCUCAAGGCGAACGUGGAGAGAGAAGCUGAGGUGAUGAAGAACGUUCCCGGAUGGCAAGCCGGAGAGAGCGUGUAUAAUGCCGAUCGAUGGGUUCCGCCAGUGCCGCAGCAGAUCACACCACUUUAGAGAUGGACACUACUAUAAUUGUAUUGUAUACUUACAUAUUAGCGCUCACUGUAAAGAUCUAAGGUUAACAUCCGGGUAACCAUAGACCUCGACUCCCCGUAUGUGUAGUAUAGUACUUCUAAAGUCGCAAAUUAUGAA